CUGAACGAUCGCAGCGCCGGAGUCGGAGUCCCCCUCUACCACCUCUAGUUAAUUUUAGGAAACUAUGCAAAGUUUGAGCAGUUUGCGGGUUUGCGUUUGAGCAUACCAGCAUACCGAGGUUUUAUCAAUGAUGUGGGGCGGUUCGCUUGGAGGGCUGGCUUUGUGGCUCUCGUUGACAGCAGUAUGUGGCGACAGGAGGGGAUACAUUCUCUAUUGCCCCUGCAUGGGGCGCUUUGGAAACCAGGCCGACCACUUCCUCGGAGCACUGGCCUUCAGCCGAGCAUUGGACCGCACCCUAGUCCUCCCACCAUGGGUGGAAUAUCGGCCAGGGGAACCCAAGUCUGUGCAGGUGCCCUUUGACACAUACUUCAAGGUGGAGCCACUCACCAAGUACCACCGGGCGAUCACUAUGGAGAAGUUCAUGAAAGAUCUGGCACCCUCUAUUUGGCCACCAGGAAACCGCACUGUGUUCUGCUACCAAGCUCGUGCAUCGGGUCAGGGCUGCCAGGCCAAGGAAGGCAAUCCGUUUGGGCCCUUCUGGGACACGUUUGGCGUGGACUUUGAUAAGUCUGAGUUCUACAUGCCCCUCCAGUAUGACAUUCACCACCGUGACAUGGCACGCAAGUGGAAGGAGAAGUAUCGGGCUGACCGAUACCCGGUGCUGGCAUUUGUGGGGGCUCCAGCCACCUUCCCUGUGCAGCAGGAGAACCUGGCACUACAGUCGUACCUCAUCUGGAGUGACACAGUCCUCAACAAGGCGCGCCACUUCAUCCGCACUGGCCUGCGUGUGCCUUUUGUUGGCAUUCACUUACGCAAUGGCAUUGACUGGGUGCGUGCCUGUGAACAUUUGGAGUCAAGUCCACUGCUCUUCUCGGCACCUCAGUGCGUAGGCUACAUGGGAGAGCGAGGCCCACUGCCCCCACUAGCCUGCCUUCCCACACCCGAGGUUGUCACACAGCAGGUGGUGCGUGUUGUCCGAGCCUUGCGGGCGCGCUCUGUUUUUGUGGCCACAGACAGUAAUGCUAUGCUUGACCAGCUAAACCAGGCUCUCGAGCCUCUGCAGGUAGUGGCUGUGCAGCGUGAACCCAGUGAGCCGCAUGUGGACCUGGCCAUUCUGGGUCUGGCCAACCACUUUGUGGGCAACUGUGUGUCAUCGUUCAGUGCCUUUGUCAAACGUCACCGGGAUGUAAACGGCCUGCCGUCUUCCUUCUGGGCCUUCCAGCCACUGGCUGGUGACGGGGGCAUGAGUGCCAGCGAGCGCAUUCACCAGGAAUUGUGAUCAAUGCCAUUUGGCAUCAGUGCUACUCUGCUGAAAGGACACUUCAUUCACAGGUCACCACGGUUCAUGCCAACCCUUUUUCUGGGACUGUGGAAUCCUAGGAAGCCUAACGACAUGCUGCCCGUGAUCGAUGAACUGUUCUUUAUUGUGGACACUGUCAUGUGGACACCAGGGAAAGGAAAGUGCAGUGUGGCUGAAUAUGAGAUCAGCAGGCAGACGGAGGCAGUUCACCGAGAGGGAGGCCUUUGUCCUGCAGUGGACCAAGUGAAUAGGUUGAUGAGUGUGUGUUGUACAUGAUUAUGCAGCAGCCGUAAAAGGUGGUCUAAUAGUCAUUUGCAUACAUGACAAGAGAGUUUCACAAUUGCGUAAAUGCUAGAUGGCCAUGUACUGGUGCACAUUAAAGAACCCCAGGUGGUCGACCCCAUCUGGGGUCCUCAUAAUCAUAUUAUGGUUCAAUUUUUGUUUUUAGGCUAAGCUGUCUUGAAUGUGAUCUUGUUGAAAGAACCAUGUUUUGAGUUCUGUGACAUUCCCUGUUCAACAGUUUCUUACCACUUCAAGCCUUCAUCUUCCCCUGAACUUGUAUUUCUGCUAAUUUGAAACAUAUUGGUCGCUGUUCUGUGCACUUGUGUCUCUUUGGCAGAUAAUACUUACAUAUGCUUGUUCAGUACGUGAUCCUGUUUUGAGCAUAACGCUGCAAUGCCAGAUAUUAUGUAACCCCAUCACUGACUCACGCAUUAGCAUAGUUGUACUUAUUUUCAACCCCUUAGCUAAAAUGAGUCAUUUAUGCUAUGAAUCCUGCAGCUGCCAAGCAAAUGCCAUCUGUGUAGACCAAACUCAUGAAUCAGCUCAUGCUAUUUAAGCUUGCAUUUGAUGCCGUUUGUUUUACUGGAUAUAUACCGUAUUUACUCAAUUGUUAGCAGCCCUUUUUUCUCAUGAUCACGAUGCCUAAAUGGAGGGCGGUGCUUAGAUUCGAAAAAUAUAAAAUGACCCCCCCCCCCCUUUAUUUCUUUUCACAGCCAUAUCUUAACGAGAUGGGCACGAGAUGUAACAUUUUAUUUGGCUAAUAUAUGAAAAAAAAGAAAAUAGGUGCAGACAGUGAACCCACUGCUUGUGUCUGAUACUCGGUCACUCUCGCUGCCACUGGAGUCUGCCGCUGUCAGUAUCCCGUAGGUCUUCCAUUCCAUGAAAGUCGUUUGUAAUUGAACGCGUCUUAAAUGACUUGGCCAUAUCGUUGACUUGGACCUGUUCCCAUGCAUCUGAAGUCCACUUUGCGAUCUUUAAUGGAGACGCUUUCUACAGCUUUCCCAUCUGCGUCUUCAUCCGGCUGGGGUUCUGCACCCACUCUUCGUACUCCUGUCGAAGAUUUGGCUGUUGCCAAAUGGCUGCUGCGAUAAUGGCUGUUAAUUGCAGCGUUGAGGGGUUGCAGCACUGGCAUCAUGCUGCCUGGCAUUGCGACCAAGUCGCAGUUGCUGCUCUGAAGCUUGUUGGUCUUUACCUCUGGGCUAAGAUGGCCACGAAACAGCGUCGAGCGCGUGCCUGCUGGUCCACUGAGAAAUACUCCCGGGUACUACCGCCACAUGACUCAAAUCCAGUCUGGUUGGCUGUCAUCCAUCCAUAUUCCUAGACUCUUACGAUGACACCUUUAGGAAAACAUCCAUUCUUUGGCAUGUUUUUUUAAAGGAUGAUGUCAUGCUACCUGGGACGCCGCACCACCUUGUGACUCUGGUGGUUUCGACUCAACGACAGAGUGAGAAAAUGCGCUGGAUGGCCUUGGUUGUGCACUCGUCCUCUCUAAGAAGGGGUGCUUAGAUUCGCAUGCAAGCUCCUUUUCCUACGUUGUUUGUUUUUUA